GCCGAAGAUGUCGACUCGGUCAUGUGAUCAGCUGUGUCCAAUCACAGCUGAUCACAUGUAAACAGGGAAAUGCUGGUUAUUGGCAUUUCUUUCCCCACGAGCUGUCACACUGACAGAGGAGAGCCGGUAAUCGGCACUGAUCAUCAGAGCACUGAUGAUCAGUGUAGCCCCAGCAGCGCCACCUGUCAGUGUCCAUCAGUGCUCAUCCAUGCCACAUAACAGUGCCCAUCUGAGCUGCCUUUCAGUGUCACCCAUCAGUGCCAGUCAGUGCCACCUAUCAAUGCCAGUCAGUGCUGCCUAUCAGUGUGCAUCA